UCUCUCUCUCUCGUAUUCACAAGCUAGCCUACUCUUCGUUAAACCCAUAAACCCUAACAAAAAAAGAAAGCCGGGGCAAGCGAGCACGCCCUCUUUUACUAAUCGCAACGGUUUUCUGGCUCAGUGGGAGCAUUUUUGGGUUGAAGAUGAAAAAUCUGAAGCUGUCUUGUGAGCUUACGUCGAACCUGCAAUUGCAGUCGGAGGACGAAGCCCUUCGCUUUGCCGCUUUCGAUAUCGAACGAAACCGCUUGUUCUUCGCCUCUUCGGCCAAUUCUGUUUACGCCACUCACCUUCCUUCAUCCCAGGAUGAAAGAACAUGGAGGACAACUACUUUAUCAAUGGCUAUUCAACCUCUUGAUUUAGAACCUGGAGACUUCAUUACUUCCUUUGAUUAUCUAAUGGAGAAAGAAGCCUUGAUAGUGGGAACCUCGAGAGGACUUCUGUUACUGCAUAAUGUGGAAGAUAAUGCAACAGAAAUAGUUGGUAACGUAGAGGGUGGUGUGAAGUGUAUUUCACCUAGUCCAGAUGGAGAUCUGCUUGGUGUAGUCACUGGUUUAGGCCAGAUGUUAGUAAUGACUCAUGAUUGGGAUUUGUUAUAUGAAAUGGCACUUGAGGAUCUUCCUGAAGAUGUUAGCAUAAGUGAAACAAAAGUUUCUUCCAAUUAUACAUUUGAGAGUCCAGUUUCUUGGCGAGGUGAUGGGAAAUACUUUGCUACAUUGACCACAGUUCAUAAUUCUUUUUCCUUUCAUAAAAAGAUUAAAGUUUGGGAACGAUAUUCUGGGGAAUUGCACUCUGUUUCAGAACCAAAACAUUUCAUGGGAUCAGUUGUGGAAUGGAUGCCUAGUGGAGUGAAAAUUGCUGCCAUCUGUGACAGGAAGGAAGAAAAGAAGUGUCCAUCAAUAGUUUUCUAUGAAAGAAAUGGGUUAGAAAGAAACGCCUUUAGCAUCAAUGAGGACAUAGGUUCAACUAUCGAAAUUUUGAAGUGGAAUUGCAGUUCUGAUCUUCUUGCGGCUGUUGUCAGAUGUGAAAGGUAUGACUCCCUUAAGAUCUGGCACUUCAGCAAUAAUCAUUGGUACUUGAAGCAAGAAACUAGAUACCCCAGUGAGGAUGGAAUUAGAUUCAUGUGGGGUCCUACAAAGCCUCUGGAGUUGAUUUGCUGGACUCUGGGUGCCCAGAUCACGAUCUUUGACUUUGUCUGGGUUACAGCUGUCAUGGAGAACUCAACAGCACUAGUUGUUGAUGGCUCUGAGAUACUAGUAACACCUCUUUUCUUAUCUCUAAUACCACCUCCUAUGUUUUCAUUCAAAUUAAGAUUCUCAAGUGCUGUUCGAGAUGUAGCUUUCCAUUCAAAGAGUUCAAAGAACCAUCUUGCCGCAUCCUUAUCAAAUGGCUGUUUGUCUGUAGUAGAAUUUCCUCAACUUGAUGAUUGGGAAGAGCUAGAAGGAAAAGAAUUCGAUGUUGAGGCUUCCUCUUCGGAAUCAUCAAUUGAAUCCUUUAUACAUCUCAUAUGGUUGGAUGCACAUGUGCUUCUUGGCAUUUCUCAUUUUGGUUCUAGAAAUGGUAAUUGGUUUCCGGAUACAUUGUCAGGCAAGGAGAGGCUUCAUGGGCACUACUUGCUGGAAAUUGAGCUUGUGUGUUCAGAGGAUCAUGUCCCAAGUUCAUUGACAUGCUCAGGUUGGCAUUCAAAGAUAUCCAAUUUUGUCUCUCUUGAAGAGCCAGUAAUUUGUAUCGCUCCUAAUCCUGCUAAAAGAUAUUCGGCACUUGUUCAAUUUGUUGGAGGAAAAAUUUUUGAGUAUACAUCAACUUUGUUUAUCACCGGAGGAGCUCCUGUCCCAUGUCUUCAGAUGCAUGACAAAUUGGGGUUCUUAUCAUCUUGCCCAUUGAUGGGUGUGGUUCCUGUUGCUGACUCUGAGACAUCACAGUCUUUGCUUUUUGGACUUGAAGACAAUAGCAGGCUUCAUGUUAAUGGAAGGAUAUUAUGCCACAACUGCAGCAGCUUCUCAUUUUACUCUAUCUUUGCUAACGAAGUGAUCACCCAUCUUAUUCUUGCAACCAAACAAGAUCUACUUUUCAUUGUUGAUAUUGUAGAUGUGUUGCAUGAGCAAGUAGAGGCUAAAUAUGAGAGCUUCUUGCCUGUUAUCAAGAAAAGAAAUGAAGAGAAAAUAAACUAUAUAAGCAUAUGGGAAAAGGGUGCUAAAAUUGUAGGCGUCCUGCAUGGAGAUGAAGCUGCCGUUAUACUACAGACAUAUCGAGGAACUCUUGAAUGCAUUUAUCCUAGAAAGUUGGUCCUGACCUCCAUUGUCAAUGCUUUGGUCCAAGGACGUUUUAAAGACGCACUCCUCAUGGUGAGGCGGCACAGGAUAGAUUUCAAUGUUCUAGUUGAUUAUUGUGGUUGGCAAGCCUUUAUUCAGUUGGCUCCGGAAUUUGUCAGACAAGUAAACAAUCUGAGCCAUGUAACUGAAUUUAUUUGCUCCGUAAAGAAUGAAAAUAUCAUGGAGACACUGUACAAGAACUAUAUUUCCUUACCUUGCAUAAAGGAUGCUAAAGUUGCAGAAUUCAGACAUUUUGAGGGAUUUGAUGCCAAAACCAAGGUAUCCUCUGUCUUGUUGGCCAUAAGGAAGGCUCUUGAGGAGCAAGUGGUGGAAAGUCCUGCAAGAGAGCUUUGUAUAUUGACCACUCUAGCACGAAGUGACCCUCCAGCUCUUGAAGAAGCUUUGAAGAGGGUAAAAGCUAUCCGGGAGAUGGAACUAUUAAGUUCUGAUGACCCAAAGAGAAAUUCUUAUCCCUCUGCUGAGGAUGCUUUGAAGCAUCUGUUAUGGCUAUCUGAUUCAGAGGCUGUUUAUGAAGCUGCUUUAGGUCUUUAUGACCUGAACCUUGCAGCCAUUGUAGCAUUGAACUCACAACAAGAUCCGAAGGAAUUUCUUCCAUUUCUCCAGGAACUGCAAAACAUGCCGACUCUGUUAAUGCACUACAAUAUUGACCUUAAACUCCAAAGAUAUGAGAAUGCACUCAGGAACAUAAUUAUGGCAGGAGAUACUCACCAUGCUGAUUGUAUAAACCUGAUGAAGAAAAAUCCUGAACUUUUUCCUCUAGGAAUCCAACUUAUCACUGAUCCUUCCAUGAACAAGAAAGUCCUUGAGGCCUGGGGCGAUCAUCUUACUGACAUAAAAUGCUUUGAGGAUUCUGCAGCAACUUAUUUGUGCUGUAAUAGUUUGGAAAAAGCACUGAAGGCUUAUCGGGCUUGUGGUAAUUGGAGCAGGGUGUUGACUGUUGCUGGAUUCAUUAGGUUGGGGAGGGAGGAGGUUGUGCAACUGGCACAUGAACUCUGUGAAGAACUCCAAGCACUUGGAAAACCAGGAGAAGCUGCCAAAAUUGCCUUGGAGUACUGUGGUGAUGUUAAUGCUGGGAUCAAUUUAUUAGUGAGUGCAAGGGACUGGGAGGAAGCUCUGAGGGUUGCUUUCAUGCAUAGGAGAGAAGAUUUGAUCUCAGAGUUGAAGAUUGCAUCUCUUGAAUGUGCCAAUAUGCUAAUUGGUGAAUACGGGGAAGGGUUGGAGAAAGUAGGCAAGUAUUUGGCCCGCUACUUGGCAGUGCGACAGCGGAGGUUAUUACUUGCAGCAAAGCUUCAGUUAGAUGAGCGACCAGUAAAUGAAGUUGACGAUGAUACUGUUUCUGAAGUUAGCAGUAAUUUCAGUGGAAUGAGUGCUUACACCACGGGGACACGAAAGAGCUCCUCUGCUUCCAUCAGAUCAAGUACUUCUAGCAAGUCAAGAAGCAUGAGGCGUCAGAAGAACAAAGGAAAAAUCCGUGCUGGCAGCCCCGGUGAAGAGAUGGCUUUGGUAGAGCAUUUGAAGGGGAUGUCUCUGACCACUGGAGCAAAGCUUGAGCUUAAAUCUUUGUUAGUUUCCCUUGUGAUGCUUGCAAAGGAAGAUAUUGCCAGAAGAUUGCAACAUAUUGGGGAAAAAUUUCAACUGUCUCAGAUGGCAGCGGUAAAACUAGCUGAAGAUGCAAUGUCUAGUGACAUCAUAGAUGAGCAAGCAUAUUCUUUGGAUCAUUACAUUCAGAAAGUGAGAAAAGUGGCACAUUCAGAUACUUUUUCUUGGCAGUCUAAAGUGUUGCUUUCACCUUGAACAGCUCCUGCUCAUAAUAUUUCUGAGAGGACUUUUCAGUAAACAGAUAAGAUGAUGCUUUCUUCUCUCUGUCCUGAUGAUACAGUCAUAACUGUUGAUGACUUUGACAUGGAGAUAGGUUAUUACUUAUUAUGCUGCCAUAGUGAACGAUAGAUGAUUCACAUGAAGCAAAAGGUUUUCCCAGCUUGCUGGGUUAAAGGCAGAGGCAAUUGAUUGACCAAAUACUUGAUCAUAUCCAACUCAUUUUCAUGUUGUGAGGAUGAAGAACGAAAUUAGAAGCAGAAGGUAAUAAGUCAAUCAAGUAGUUUUCAGCUGUUCAAAAGGCCAUGAUUGCCUUAAGGAUAAUACAUGGUCUGUAAUAAAUUCAUAAGCAGCUGCUAUCAAUUAUUACUCUAGGCCGGGGAUCAUACUUGCAUAAAAAUUCACUGGCUUCAUUGUGUUUGUGUAGAAUUAGAAGGGAGAUAAAUUUCUGAUGAAUAGCUUGAUAUGUUGUUUUUUAUAGCUCUCACUUUUAAAAAAGCCUUGAGUUGGAUUUCCUUUUUUGUUCUGGUUCUGCAUCCUGUUGUGUGUCUAGCCAAAAAUGAUGGGAAACAUGAUCUACUCCGUUACAUUUGAAAGUGCCUUUUAAUUACUUUUGACUGCAUUUUUGUUUGACUGCAUAUUCGCGUCGUAGUAAGCAUCAGUAUACAUGUGCAUCACACACAAACAUUGGGUCAGGGCAUCCAACCGGCCCAGGGGGUGGGGACAGCGGCAGCUUGGUCAUAGAUUGGUUUACACGUCCACCUUUUACUUA